AUGUCACGAACACCUUCACUCUAUCAAGAAACACGGGUAUCCCCAUCAAUACCCUCCCCCUCUCAUAUCCUCCACAUCAACACAACCGACAAAACAUCCUCAACAACAUCCCUCACCCGAAAACGCGCCCACUCCGAAAUCUCCUCCUCUCUCCUCGACGAAGACACCUACGCUCGACACCAUCUCGCCUCCUCCGCCUCCGUCUUCUUCCGUCCCGCCCACCGCUCUCCGCGAAGUUUCCUCCAUCGCGUACUCUCCGACCGGCGCGUGCUCGAGAUCCAAUGCGUGGAUCUGAUACAGAAGGAUAAGAGUGAUUGCUGGUUGACGUUCCGCAUCGAAUUGCCUGCGCCGAUCGUGCCGGGUGGAGUAGUGCUGGCUGAUGGAGGAGAGAAGGAUGCGUUGGACGUUUUUAUCGUGACGGGGGAGGAGGGGAAGGGCAGGUUUGAGUUGUUUACUGUUACGUUGAGGGGUGGGUUGUUGGUUCGGGAGACGGUGCCGCUGGAUUUUGAUGGCAAGAGUGUGGUGAGGAGGUUUGUGCCGAGUUGUUUCUCGUUUCGGAGGCCGUAUCGCGUAGUUGCGGCUAGCAGUCUGGAGCUUUUUGUGAGCUUACAGGAUGGAGGACUCAUGAGACUAAGGCGGGAAGCGAACGACAGCGGCGCGAAUUGGAAUGAGACGUAUUUCAGCGAGGGAGGCUGGAGCGGGACGCUAAAGGGCAUGUUGUCUUUAAGGAAUCGCAAGACGGUGGACUACAAUGGCGCGAAGGUGGAGGCGAAUGCCAUCGCUGCGAUCGCCCCUAGUCCGGAUGGGAGGUUCGUGUGGACGGUCGGGUUGGAUCAUGUGCUCAAGGCGUGGGACACGAAGACAGGCAAGGUCGUUGCUGUGGGCGAUCUGCUGAAUGAGGUUGUGGAUGUGGAUGACAGGAAGAGGCAAGGUGGGUAUACCAUGGGUGCGGAGCAGGGAACUUUGCUUCAGAUCGUUGCGCCGACAAUGGAUGCGGAUUUCGCGGACGCAGAGUACUUUCUUGUAGUGCACUCGCCGAGAGAGCACGUUUUCAAGUUCUUCGGCGUGACGUCUGAGACGACGGCGGAUGGUGUGGCGCUGGUGCUGCGGGAUACGAUGUCCGGACGACGAUUGAUUCCGCCGGUGGACGAAAUGCUGGACACGAAUAUCUGGCAUCUGGAGCAGUUCUACGUCCAAGCUGGGCGGAACUUUCAGGGCUCGAGGAUUUGGCUGAGGGCGAGAAGUGGUCCGGUUUGCAGGACUUUCACGAUGGCUUUCGAUCUGCUGGACGAUCGCGGAGCGGCACUUGAUCUGGAGGAUGCGUUUCAGCAUGACUGGAGUGUCGUUGAUUCCUCAAGUCUUAGCGUGGAUAGCCUUCGAGAUCUGCCCGAAUUUCGCGGUCUCGAGGCCGCUCCGGAAAGCUCGACAACCCCAAGCGAGAAGUGGUUGGACUUCCUGUUCUUUCCAGGCAGAUUCAGUAACGCCUCGCUUGAGACGGCACUGAACAUCUACCGUCAAGGUCGUAAGCUACCCAAGACUUCAGGAAAGGGCCUCAAGGCAGCGGAGGAGCCAUUGAAGGAACGUAUCACGAGCGCUGUGUCUUCGAAGAUCUUACUGCGCCGCUUGCCAAAUGAGCAGCCUGAUUAUGAUGGCUACCAGGAAGAUGUCCACAAGGAGUGGAACACGUUCUUCACGCUGGUGUCACAUCUGCAUACGCGACGGCAUGAGUCGAUUGGAUUCGCGGUGGACGCUGAGAAGGGACUCGCGUGGACUGUCUGUGCCGAUUUCGUCGCUCCGAUUCGAUCAAGCAGCAAGUUCGAGCUGCUGCACAAUAAUGCUGGGCUUCAAGCGGUCGAGAACGAGGAACAGCUCGAUCGUGAGAUUAUGCGACAAAUAUGGCCAGCUGAAGACGACCCAUUGCGAUCAAGGAUCAUGGCUGUGGCUCAACAGUUUCGCCGAUUCAUGUCGCCUGCUGCUCAGGAGAAGUUGAGAAUUGAGUCAGCUACUCAUGCGCUCACUCCCAACGAUGAAAUGACACCUGCAGACGGUCUGCAGCACCUCUACGACCGCUGUGGCUUCGCGAACGAGAUUACGGACGACGAGUUUGAGACGAUCACUACUUCUGCCGAGUGCUUCAAUGGCUUGGGCACGCUCACGGAAGAUGCGUUUCUGUCCGUGCUCGACGACAUUCUUGACAAAGUUGGAGAUGCCCACAAAUCCCUCGAGAGCCAAAUGCUCGGGUUGUACGGCAAGGAUGUCAGCAUCGCCAUCGCGCAGGAGACUAUCUUGCACGUGCAAGGCGUGCUUCUGGACAGCCUGGCGCUGGUCAUCUUCAUGGCGUUCGAGCUUGAUGAGACGGAGCUGUCGCCAGAGUUCAGUUCAACGCGAGUGUACGAACUCAUCAUGCUGAAGUUGAGGGAGACGGAGCUACGACUUUGGCUCGUCAGUCAUCUUCGCCAGGAGCCGAUGAAGUCUGGCGCGAAGGAGGCCGACAUGAUCACCAUGACGAUCUACGAGAGUAUCUUCAUUGGCGACUGGAAGGUCUGUCAGGGUAGCGCGGACAGCGAUCUCGCUGAGCUGUUGACGUCCUCAAGUCUUAAUUGGACAUUUGGCUUGCCCUUGACCGCGCAGUGGACGAACAUCACAACGUUCGUGAUGGCGAAUCUCUUGAAGCACAAGGAAGCCGACCUCGCAGCGGAGUUCAUUCACUUCAUGCCGGAGAAGGACUCCGCCUGGUCGACAUACUUGAAGGGUCGCAUGUACCUCACCACUGGCGACUACGCCCUCGCAAGCAUCCACUUCGAAGAAGCCGCAUCUGACCUCACACAACCCACCAACACCCGCCUCCUCAACCAAGGCGACCUCCUCACCCCCGACGAACUCAUCUUCUUCGGCCAAGGUCCCUCCUCCUACUUCCAACACAUCCUCUCCCUCUUCGAAAAACUCAAACUCCACUCUCACGUCGCCGACUUCGCCACGCGCGCAUUGCAAUACAUGAUGUCCGACGCUGAACUCACCCGCUCCCUCACCGCCCUCGACUCCCGCAAGAAGUCCGCACCCGACUCCCCUCUCCCCGACCAAGUCCGUGAUGCGGGCAGCGAACUCAAACUCCUCCGUCUACAGCAGACCCGCGAUGAGAUUUUGGGGAGACUCUUCAAUGCACUCCUCCAAACGGGACGAUUCGAAGCCGCCUACGAUACUCUCACGCAAGUGUCCAAUCCUAUCCUCCAAAAGUCCAAUUUACAAUCCUUGAUCAAAGACUGCGUCAAACGCGACGCCGUCCCGACUCUCCUGGACCUCCCCAUCUCCGGCGACAUGGUCCACGAAGCAGACAAAAUCCUGCACACCCUCGCCCGCCAAGCGAUAGCUUCCUCCCCUCUCGCCUCAUCCAGCAGUGGCCCAGCAUACCACCAAAUCCUCUUCGCAUUUCGCACCCAACACUCCGACUUCCGCGGCGCCGCGUCGAUAUUGUAUGAACAUCUGCAACGACUGCGACAUAAUAAUGGGAGUAAGUCGUGGCAGAAGAUGCAGGAUCCGGAGGAUGAGACGUUGGUGAGGGUGUUUGUGUUGGUCAUUAGUAGUUUGGCGUGUUGUGGAGAGGGAGAGGGGUGGUUGCUUGCGGAGCCGAUUGAGGGAGAGGGAAAGAGGAGGUGUGUUACCUUGGAGGAGGUGAGGGCGGAGUUUGGGAGGGAGUUGGAUCGGAGGAGUGAGGUGCAAUUGGGGAGGUUCGCGUUGGUGGGUGGGGAGGGGGAGGAUGGGAUGUUUUGA